AUUACACAAACAAGAUAGAUGAUGAAGUUCUAUCUAUCUAUCUAAUAUCUUUAAAAGAUCAGAUGGAUGUAACAUCGUUGUGGAGCUUUGCCGGCUACUUAUCACCAUCUUUAGCAAUCUCCAACUGGAUAUAAUAUCCCCCAACUUGUACCCAUCAUUUUUGUGGGCCCUUUUUUCUGUAGACAGAUCGUCCAACACCCUCCACCACACUCCCCUCUUGCAUUACCGCAAAUUUAAACCCGACCCAAACUCGACCCCGAACACGGCAUUUACCACUAGCUGAUAGCUAUACCCCUCAUGUGCUCCAACUCACAUGACCCCCCCUUCAUUUAUCAUUCUUAUUUAUAAGUCUCAUUUUAUUCUCCUCUCCCAUUCAAAAAAGAUCACUAAUAUAAUCUAGAACAACAAAAGAAAAAGUACUAAAAAGAAGCAAGAAGUUUUUGAAUUGAAGUUAAAAUGGCUUUGGAAGUUGCCUUAGAAGAUGAUCUUUAUUUUGCUGAUUUAAAUAGGCAAAUCUGUCUUUUGAUAGAUGACGACGACAACGAUAACAACGAUCAUUAUCCGGUUGCCCAUUUUCAUUCGAUUUCUCAUCAGGAAUAUUUAGGAUCAAUGAUUCAUCAUCCACCUAUAAUGCCAUCACAAUACUUGUACCAACAAAAUUGUAGGAGAGAAAUUAUGAGCAAAGGAACUGGUGUAUUUAUCCCACAAUCAUCUCAGCCAAGGAGGAAAUCUAGACAACCAAAGCGUUCAUCACAAUCGUAUACCGCGAAAUCGAACAACAACAACAAACAACUUAAUUCCAACAGAAGGGUGGCAAACACGGUUGCUCAUAGUACUCUAUCUCCGCCGCCUUGUUAUGCAACUAAUUACGUCAAUAGGUAUUAACCAAGUUAACUAAUUGUGACUUGGAAUUUGUAGUAACUACUAGAUUAUGCUAAUUAAUUUAAUGGCUAGCUACUAAUAAUUAUUUAUAUGAUUAAGGAUUGAAAAUCAAUAAUUAAUUAUAUGAUAAGUAUUCUUUUUAGAGGAUAUAGCUUGGUAAGAAUAGUGCUAAGGGGCAGGGCAAGGAGUAUGAGAUUUGGUAUAUGCAAAAAUAAUACUAGCUACUUUAUUAGUUAGUAGCCGCAGCUUGAUUUUGUAACAUUUAUUAUAAGAAAGGUCUUAACAAGGACUUUUAAGACCUAUCAUGCAAAAUCGUAAGCAAUUUUCCUUGCUCUAUAUAAAACUUCAUUUUUAUA